AUGGCGGCGCCCCCCUUUGUUCAGGCAGCCAGAUGUUACGCCAGACCUGUGAGAAGAAGGAAGAAAGACAUCCCCAGCCAUUUGGAUGAUCUCCCUCCCACUAUGCUGAAGAAAGACUAUGCCAGUGUCCCCAUAAUAGACAGUGUUGAUGAUGUAGUGAGAAGAUUGUUGUCACUGGAAAUGGCAAGCCAGAGGGAGAAGAUGAAAGUAAAGACACAGCAGCUGGUGGAGAAGGUCAGGAGGUCUCCCAAUGACAAUGGCUCCUUUGAGGUGCAAGUUGCUAUUUUGACUGCCAAGAUUCGCACGUACGAGGAGCAUCUUCAGAGGCAUCCCAAGGACAAGAGCAACCGGCGCCGGAUGCUGAUGGACGUGGAUCGCCGCAAGAAGCUCCUGGCCUACCUGCGCCGCGUGCGCUACGAGGCCUUCGAGAACACCUGCAGGCAGCUGAACAUCCAGCACAGCCCGUCCCCUCCCUACAGCCGCCGGGUCACCAAGCGCUGGCUGGUGAAGAAGGCUUUCUGCAUCAAGGUACAGGCUGGAGGGAGCCACGGGCUGCCUGGGAACACGGCCCUGUGGAGCAGGGUGCGAUUCCUGCAGCUGGAAGUGGCUGAUCCGUCGGUGCUUUUAGCCCACCCUUUGAACUGGGGGAGACUGGUCAUGGUUCUGGGUACUCCAGGAUAG